UCAAAGUGCCUUGGCUUUAUUAUUCAAGAGAACUUUGGUCCCUCUUUUAGAGGACUCAGCUGUUGUUGGAAAUCAGUUAAAUAACAGCCACAGAUCUAAGUAGACAGAAUCACCCCGGAAGAGGAGCAGGGCAUGAUGAAAAGCUAAGAGGCAGUGACCUUUGCAGUGAUCCUAAAAAAUGAACCCCGUUGUCACGCAGCCAAGGUAUGGUGCAGGAGGUUCCACAGUCAGCGACUGGCAAACCGGCUCGUUUGACUGCUGCGCCGACAUGGGGAUUUGCCUCUGCGGGACUUUCUUCCCUCUGUGCCUUUCAUGUCAGAUUGCCUCUGACAUGGACGAAUGCUGCUUAUGUGGAGCAUCUGUCGCCAUGAGGACCUUGUAUCGGACUCGAUACGGCAUCCCGGGAUCCAUUUGCAAUGACUUCCUAAUGAUGAUGUGUUUCCCUAACUGCGCCCUUUGUCAACUCAAGAGAGAUAUUAAAAGAAGAAGAGAAAUGAAUGCUUUUUAAAGAUGUUCGGUAAAAUUUCAAUUGUGGUGAAAAAAAAAUGCUGGAAUGGAAUGCUGCAUUUAUUAAGUGCUAUCUCACCUCAAAUAUUAUAAAUUAAUGCAAUUAAUUAUAUGGUUUCAAAUGGCUUCAAAACAUUUUUAUUUCCAGUUAAUUUUGAAAGAGAUAUGUUUCCACUGCUAUUCUGUAAGAUAACUGCCAUUAAAAACAUUGAUUCCCUCAACAGUUCUUGUGUCUUU